AUGAUGAUUGGAAUGACAAAACCGCUGCGGCGUUUUCGUGCCACAAGGGCAGCCGAGGACGGGGAAUUAACGGAUUCGGACGGCGAAGAGGAAGAGGGACAGAUUAAACUCGAAAAAGGAGACGAUGUGGCAUUAGUUGCAGAAGCUGGUUUGUACUAUUUUAUUUGUUUACCAGUUGGCUGUGGUAAACAAUGGUUGGCUUUCAAUUCAAUCAUUUUGCAUCGAUUGACUUUCCGUAUUUCAAGGGUCCUCCUUCAGUGUUCGUACAUGUGUGGGGAAGGAUCGAUGGAACAUUUUGUGGUGUGUUCCGUGGCUUAG